CCCCAUUCCCCAAAUGGAUGGACAGGGCAAGGUAUUGCAUGGGUGACCCACCUAUUGUGGUCACCCCCACUGCAUAUGUCUCUCUGUCCCCUUGUCACCUGGGCUCAGCAUGGAGCUGGCACUCAGCAGCCUGCUCCAUCCCUGGGGGUAGAUCUGGCCAUGUCCCAUCCACACCCUGGUCUCUCCUGGGCUUGGGUGCUGGUUUUGCUCUGCUCGCUGUCCCCUCCUGCAGGGCAGUGGGGAGCCCCCUGGUCAUGGAUCCCAACAGCAUCUGCCGCAAGACGAAGCGGCUGGCGGGGAAGCAGGCAGAGCUGUGCCAGCUGGAGCCAGAGAUUGUGCAGGAGGUGGCCAAGGGCACCAAGCUGGGCGUCCGGGAGUGCCAGUACCAAUUCCGCUUCCGCCGCUGGAACUGCACCAGCCACAGCAAGUACUUCGGCAAGAUCCUGCAGCAGGAUAUCCGUGAAACAGCCUUUGUGUAUGCCAUCACGGCGGCUGGGGUGAGCCACGCCAUCACGCAGGCCUGCAGCAUGGGCGAGCUGCUGCAGUGUGGCUGUGAGCUGACACGGAGCCGGGCCCCCCCCUCGCCCACAGCGGGGCCAGGCACAGAGGGCACCGCCUGGGAGUGGGGGGGCUGUGGGGAUGAUGUGCAGUUUGGCUACGAGAAAUCCCAGCAGUUCAUGGAUGCCAAGAACAAGAAAGGCAAAAAUGACAUCCGAGCUCUUAUCGACCUGCACAACAAUGAAGCCGGGCGCUUGGCGGUGCGCAGCUACAUGAGGACAGAGUGCAAAUGCCACGGGCUGUCGGGCUCCUGCACCCUGCGGACCUGCUGGAGGAAGAUGCCCCAUUUCCGCGAGGUGGGGGACCGCCUCCUCGAGCGCUUCAAUGGGGCCUUCAAGGUGAUGGGAGGCAACGACGGGAAAACCCUCAUCCCUGUGGGUGACAACAUCAAGCCUCCCGAUAAACAGGACCUCAUCUACUCGGCCGACUCCCCUGAUUUCUGCUCGGCUAACCGUAAAACCGGCUCGCUGGGCACCAGGGGCCGUGUCUGCAACAGCACAGCCAUGGACACGAGCGGGUGCGACCUGCUGUGCUGCGGAAGAGGGCACCGGGACGAGACAGUGGUGUUGGAGGAGAACUGCCUUUGCCGCUUCCACUGGUGCUGUGUGGUGCAGUGCCGCAAGUGCUCCGUCCGUCAGGAGCUCAGCCUCUGCAUCUGACAGCCUGGGGUCACACGAGGACAAUUCGGGAGGCCAGCUCCAGGCUCACAAGGCCCUCCUGGGACAGAGACAGGUGGAGCUAGUGGCAGGGUUAGCGUGGGUGAGCUCAGCUCUGUGUUCUGGGGAGUCCUGGCUUCCCCAGAGGGCAGCACAGGGCUGCCCGGCAGCCGCACGGCCCCGUGGGGGGAGCUGUGGGCACAGAGCUUCCACUAAUAAAGCUAUUUAAAGCUGGUAUGCCUCAGCGCUUCCUGGGGAGGGCUGAGAAGCGCUGACCACCGUACUGGAAUGGGACUAGCCAGAGAGCUGUCUUGCCCCAGCUGUGAGUCCCAAUCAGCCACACUCCUGCCAGCCUCUGACCUUGCUGAGACCUGUGGCAGAGUCCAGCUCAUUUUUUAUCUACUCUCUCUGGUUGUUGAGCCCGAAGAUGAGUGUGGAUGAGGGCGAGUACUCUCCUGCCCUGCUCUGCUGCUUCCAUUGCCUGUGUGCUCUCCUCCCAUAAUCCACAGCUGUCAUUGCUGGGUGCCAGUCUGUGUCCUGCCACCACCUGACCUGGGAUGUUUGCAGUCCACGGUGCCUUCAUUUAUGCCUCAGGCUGGAGGUACAUCUAGCUGCCCUUACACUGUGAUGUUGUGCUCUGACUUUCUUGAAGGGAUCCUGUAUUCUUUUCACUUCAGCCACGGUCACUGCAGCCUCUGCUGCAGAGCCUGGCACACAGAAGCCUUGGACAGCGCUGACACUGUUGGCUUGGUGGCAUGCAAGGCAUUCACUUGGCAUGCCAUGGGCCACGUGCAACCCCAC